AUGUCUGCUCCUACCUCGGCCGUCGGCCAGCUGAGCCUCAACGGCACCAACGAUGCCAACGGCGCCACCCCUCAAAAGCGUAUGAUCCUGUACGCCUUCAUGAUGGGCUGUUCCGGCCAUCAAUCGCCCGGCCUAUGGACGCACCCCGCCGACCGUUCGCGUCACCACAACAAGCUCUCCUACUGGACGGACCACGCCAAGCUGCUCGAAUCCGCUCACUUUGACGGUCUCUUCCUCGCCGAUGUGCUUGGCGGCUACGACGUGUACGGGGGCAAUCUCGAUGCGGCUCUGUCCUCCGGGGCCCAGUUCCCCGUCAUCGACCCGCUUCUGCUCAUCUCCGCGAUGGCUGCAGCCACGACCAACCUCUCGUUCGGUAUCACAGCCACGACGUCCUACGUGCACCCGUACGAGCUCGCCCGUCGCUUCUCGACGCUCGACCACCUGACUAACGGUCGAGUCGGAUGGAACGUUGUCACUGGCUACCUCGAUUCCGCCGCCCGCCAGUUCGGCGCCAAAAACCAGGACCUGCAUAGCAAACGCUACGAGGUGGCGGACGAAUACAUGGACGUGGUAUACAAGCUGUGGGAGUCCUCGUGGGCCGACGACGCUGUCGUCCAGGACCCCACUAAGCCCAUCUACACGCGACCUGAGCGGGUGCGUCAGAUCAACCACAAGGGCAAGUACUACGAAUCCGUCCCUGGACCUCACAUCUGCGAGCCGUCGCCGCAGCGAUCUCCGGUGAUCUACCAGGCCGGCUCCUCGGGUCCGGGAAUGGCAUUUGCGGCUAAGCAUGCGGAAGUGAUCUUUAUCGCAGCGCACAAGCCGGAGGUGGCGAAGAAGCGAGUGGAUGCUGCCCGUUCGGGCGCGAAAGAGGCUGGUCGAGACCCGACUACGCUCAAAGUCCUCGCCUUGCUCUGCCCCAUCAUCGGUCGAACGGACGAAGAAGCCGCGCAGAAGUACAAGGACCACCUUGCGCACGGAUCCGACGACGGCGCUCUCGCUCUCUUCGGCGGCUGGACGGGUAUCGACCUCUCCACGUACGACGAGGAUGAGGAGCUCCGAGCUACAGAGAGCAACGCGAUCAAGUCGGCCGUGGAAAACUUCGCAAGUCAGGACCCUACCGUGCCCAAGUGGAACAAGAAAGCCGUCGCAGAAAAGAUCAAACUCGGCGGUCUGGGUCCUACCAUCGUCGGUGGCCCAGAGAGCAUCGCCGACCAGCUCCAGGACUGGGUCGAUCUCGCCGGCGUCGACGGAUUCAAUUUGGCCUACACCCUCGCGCCGGGAACCUUUGAGGACUUUGUCGAGUUGGUCGUGCCCGUGCUGAAGAAGAGAGGUGUCGUUUGGGCUGAUUACCCCCAAGUGGAACAGCCGAAGACGGAGAACGUGACGGACGGCCCGAAGGAGGGGUACGGUGUCGGAGAGAAGGUGGGUAUUACCAGUAGGGAGAAGCUCUACGGCGUGGGACAGAAGACGUUCAGAAGCGAUCACUAUGCGAGCAAGUUCACGUGGAAGGCUGGUCAGGAGGCGCCUGCUCUUGACUAA